AUGGGGCUCCCCUGGGGCUGCAGCCGCCCCAGCCUCACCGGCCAUGCCAGGGACCUCCUGACUUCCCUCGUCACUCUGCUCCUCCUCCGGCUGGGCUCAGCCCAGCUCAGAGUGGAGGGACCAGGCCACCCUCUCACUGCCACCGUGGGGCAGGAUGUCAUGCUGCCCUGCCACUUGUCCCCUCAACGGGAUGCUCGCACCUUGGAGGUCAGGUGGAUCCGGGACAAUAUGUCUGAGACAGUGCACCACUACCGCAAUGGAGAGGACCUGUAUGGGGAGCAGAUGGGGGCAUAUGUUGGGAGGACAGAGUUGGCCAGAGAUGGUCUCUCUGCUGGAAGCCUGGACUUGCGAAUCACCAGGGUGAGACCCUCUGAUGAUGGCCGGUAUGUCUGCACUGUGGAAGAUGCUGAUGCUUAUGAUGAAGACAUUGUGGAGCUGAAGGUGUCAGCCACAGGCGCUGACCCCCACCUCUCCCUGGAGGGCUACGAGGCCGGAGGUGUCCAGGUGCUGUGCAGAUCGGCCGGCUGGUACCCACUGCCGCAGCUGCUGUGGAGGGAUGCUCGCGGGCAGCAUCUGCCCUCAGUGUCCCAGACACAUUCCCAGGACCAGGAGGGGCUCUUUGAAAUCGAAGGCGCCGUCAUCGUGACUGGGAGCAUGGAGGGGCCCUUGUCCUGCGUGGUCAGGAGCAGCCGCAUCCAGCAGGAGCGGGAAUCGUCCCUGCACAUCACAGCUCCCUUCUUCCACAAUGCCCAGCCCUGGAUGGUGGCUCUGGCUCUGGUCCUCAUGCUUUUGGCUGUGUCCAUUGGCCUCGGUGUUUAUCUCUUUCGAAAGAAAGGGGCACAGAGCCGAGAGCUGGUGAAUAGAGUUGCAAAGCUGGAGGAACAACCUGCAGAGACCGAGGAAAAAGAUGCAAGACUGGUGGAACUGGCUGCCAAAGUGGAGGAACAAUCUGCAGAGCUGGAGAAACAAGCUGCAGAGCUGGUGAGAAAAGAUGCAAAGAUGGUGGAACAAGCUGCAGAGCUGGCAUGGAGAAGGUGUCUUCUGCCUCAAAAUACAGUGAAGGUGACCCUGGAUGCGGACACAGCUCAUCCCAUGCUUGUCCUGUCUCAGGACCAAAAGAGUGUGAGACGGGAAACUGAAUGGCAGCAGGUUCCUGACACACCAGAGAGAUUUGACACUUGUUGCUGCGUGCUGGGCCGUGAGGAGUUCAGAGAGGGGAGGCACUUCUGGGUGGUGGAGGUGGAGGGGGAGUGGCUAAAGUAUUCUUGGUGGGCUGUGGGGGUGGCCAGGGCAUCUGUGAAGAGGAAGGGGGAGAUCGACAUGAGCCCUGGAGAAGGGAUCUGGGCUGUGGAGUACUAUUAUGAACAUCUCAAGUCUCUCACAUCUCCUCCCACCCACUUGUCCCUGUCCCCUGUCCCCACGAGGAUCUGGGUCUGUCUGGACUGUACCCAGGGGCAGGUGUCUUUUAUCAACGCUGACAACGGGGUCGAGAUCUUCACUUUUACAGCAGCCUCCUUCAAUGGGGAGAGCAUCCACCCCUGGUUCCUCUUGAAGAAACGGGGAAUUCAGCUGUGCCUGAGGGACAGCAACUUGUAGACCCUGUGCCCAGCUCUGACGGGCUCCUGCCCUUCUCCAGCCACUCCUGCAUCACCUCUCCUUGGUCCUGCAGGAGCAGCACAGGAAUGAGGGGCAGUGGGGCCAGGGGCUGCCACGCGCUCCUCCCUGCUGCUGGAGGAGGGCUGGGAUGCUGCAAGCAGGGGCAAGGUCCCUUGCAGCCCCUGGGCUCUGCCCUGCACAGGGUUCCUGUGCUGGGGCACAAGUCCUGCUGGCACCUUCAGGUCCCACCCUGCCUCUGAGCCCCAGCGGGCAGCACAGGGGCUGCAGCAGCUCUCCACGCUCCUCUCCCCUCUGCUUGCACUGCUUGCAGACCCCCAGUGCAAGGGAUGUGGUCACCAUGUGCUGCCGGCCAUUGCAGGCCACCUUUGCCUCCUAGUUUGGGGUUGAUCUUUGCUCUGUGCCUGGUGCUGUGCAUGAGCAGCCUGUGGGGGCUCUUUGUUCCCUCCUCUGGAGCACAUCAAGGCACAGCAGCAGCAAGGCUGUGGCAAAUAAAGUUUUGCA